AUGGUCAAGCACUCUCCUGGUAGAAACUACAGGUCCAAAGGAGUCAGGGUCAAGCAUGUUCUUCAAAUUUGUGUGCUGCUUGCUAUUUGCUUUUGGUUAAUCUACCAAGUCAAGCAUUCACAUGAUAAGAAGAAAGAGUUCGAUGAAGAUGAUGCAAGGAUGUCAGUGAAAACACACGCUUCAGAUGAAGUUUUCAAAUUUGGAAGAAAGGAUCUCCAACCUCUAUUGAAUGAAGAAACUUUGAAAAAUGGGAAGGUUGAUGAAGAACUAGAAGAAGAAGAAACUGUAGCAGAAGGGAACAAGAACGAAGAGGAAGAGCAAGAAGAAGAUAACAAGAAUGAAGAGAAAGAGGAUGAGGCCAAAGGUGGAGAUGACGAGGGAGAUGAAGGUGACGAAGAGAAAUCUGAGACGGAGGUCGAGCUUGAGGAUUUUUUUGUAGAUGGAGAGAAGGAGAGAGAAGAAGUUGAUGAGAACGAAGCUGAAGAAAUGGAUUCAGAAGAUAUAGAGGGGGGUCGAAAAGGGAACAUGAGCUCUUUUCAGGAGCACGAACGUGAUGGAGGUAGUAGUAGGAAUACUCACGAGGCCCGAGAAGAAAAUUACAGGGCUGAUGAUGCUUCAAGUGCAGUGACUCAUGAAACUGAACCUGAAACAGGUAUGGACAACUCAAAAGAGAAUACUGAGACGAAAGUUGUAGAAGAGGUAAGUGAAAAAUCUAAUACCACUACCGGCGUGAAGUCUGAGAAAGGUGAAACGGGUGAAAAUUUAGCAAAUGUGACUGUGAAAGAAGAUAGGGGGUCGGAAACCGGUUUGGACAAAUUAGAGGUAACCUCACUUUUGAAUUCUACAGUUACAGCACAGUCCAGCAAUCUACUGGAAGUAAGCAAUAACUCAACAGAUGGGAGUCUGUUGCAGAACGGAACAGAGAUGAAACCAGAUGUAACUGAACCUCAAAAUGCUACCAUAGCUCUGGUAAAGGAAAAUGAUUCCGACACAGCUUCCAAUAAUGAUCAAUCCAACUCAAAUUUGGUGAUUUCUGGAAACACUGGAAAUCCUGAUGCAGUGGUCGCUGGAGAGUUCCCAAAUUCCUCUACGACUACUACUUCAGAUACUGCUUUAUCAGAAAAGGUCGUUACAUCUAAUUCGUCAGUCGAAGUGGAGGGACAAUCUGGGUUAUCAACAACAGAGGAAAAUGCCGAUACAAUGCAGAUUGAGAAGUCAGAAACCAGCAAUGGAACAAAUAAAAGCCGGGACUCAUCCGAAUCUGGGAAUGCAGAUGCAGUUCAACACGAUCCAAUUGAUUCUACUGAUUCUUCUGCUGCCUCGGACGAGAAGGAUGUUCGGUCAGGUGGUACUUUGCAAGAAAUUAGAGCUGAGGGAACCGAAAAUGGAGACGCUGCAGCUCAAUGAUAAGUUUGAUUCACAUGGCUUUUAGUUUUCUCGACGUUUGAUAUAGUAAUUGUCUAGUUUGCUUUUGCUUGAGUAUAGCAUUCUGCAUUGAUUCUGGUUUGAAUUAGUCACUAAUGUCUAACUAAUACUAUGGCUUUUACUUUGCAUGCUAAAGUGCAGGCAAAUUGAAAAUAUUUAAGCCUUUAGUCUGUAUUAUCUACUGAACAUAUGGAACCGAUAUUUUAAUCUUGUUUCUUCGA